AUGUCCAUCCCAAUUAUUUUCAUUUUUCCAAGUGAUCACAAUGUGUUCCGCCCUCUGACUGGACGCACUGCCCUAAACAUCGCCUACUUCGCUAUAGUCGGGGCCCUCACGUCCUUUCAGCAAUUAAACAUUCCGUUCUUCGCUUCAUUCGCUCCUUCAACACUCCGCCCCAGCCCACAUACUAUCUUCGUGAUGGCCAUCGUGACUAGCCGGAAUGCCCUGCUGCCUGGUUCAAAUGAGCUACAGCCAGCCACGAUCACGGUGAACAUCGGCACAGGUAAGAUCACAGACAUCCAAACGGUGUAUGCAGAACGAAGUCCGGGGGGAGAGACAACAUUUAUUGAUGCAGGAGAAAAGUUCGUUCUUCCUGGACUAGUCGAUGCCCACGUCCAUCUAAAUGAGCCUGGUCGAACGGACUGGGAGGGUUUUUGGACCGGUACGCGAGCGGCUGUGGCAGGAGGAAUCACCACGGUCGUGGAUAUGCCGUUAAACUCUAUACCGCCCGCGACCACAUUACAGAACCUCGAGAUUAAGCGACAAACUGCACAAGGCCAGAGCUGGGCCGACGCUGACCUGAAACCAUUGGUGGCAGCUGGAGUCAAAGGAUUUAAGUGCUUUUUGAUUGAAAGUGGCGUCGAGGAAUUCCCUUGCGUCUCAGAGCAUGAUCCUCAUGCACACAUGCAAGAGCUCCUGGAUCAAUCGACUGUCCUUUUGUUCCACGCAGAACUUGAGGGCGACUCGUGCUCAGUGCAAAAUAACGAGGAACACGAUCCAACAGCAUAUCAGACCUUCCUUUCCUCUUGCCCUCAAGAGCUUGAGGUUAACGCUAUCUCUCUGAUAACGCGCUUGCAAGAAAGGUACAACUCCCUUCGUUGCCACAUCGUUCACUUAUCUGCGUCAUCUGCUCUUCCUAUUAUUCGCGCUGCGCGUUCUCGCAAGUUGAAUCUGACGGUGGAAACAUGUUUCCAUUAUUUGUGCCUCUCAGCGGACAGCGUACCACGCGGCCGACCUGAAUUUAAGUGCUGUCCACCUAUCCGUUCCGAAUCAAACAGAGAUGCACUGUGGGAGGCAUUGAUAGACGGGACCAUUGACUGUGUGGUAUCCGAACACAGUCCAUGGGUAGCAGAGCUGAAGAAGUUCGAGGAGGGGAAUAUCAUGACCGCCUGGGGAGGCAUAAACAGCCUCGGUUUUGGCCUGAGCCUUCUAUGGACAGAAGGCCGAAGGAGGGGCGUCAGCCUUGGUCAGAUUAUUCGCUGGACAAGCGAGGAAACUGUGAAACAUGCUGGGCUUUCAUCAUCCAAAGGCCAGUUAUCAGUAGGGUAUGAUGGCGACCUCGUCAUCUGGGACCCUGCAGCCGAGUUCAAGGUGUCGAAGGAACACUUCCACUUCAACAACAAAUUCUCCUCAUACGAAGGGAUGGUGCUAAAUGGAGUUGUGCAGCAAACAAUUUUGCGGGGCCGCAUGGCCUACGAUAGGACGCAGAACGGCUUUGAUAGCCUUACUCCCAUUGGCAAGCUCUUGUGAUUGCCAGUGCGUUGCAGUCUUGUUCCUUUUCCCAGCCUUCCACAUUCAGCGCAAAU